GGUGGGCGUGGCUGCUGCGAGCGUGCUGAGUUACACAGGACACAGUUGCUUUUUUAAAACGAAUAAAAAAAAUUAAAAAAAAAACAACACACGCGCGUACCACGUGGGUGGUGGAGGCCGUGACGUCACAGGUUUGAGCGCAGAGGGUGUCUCGAAGCGCAGUGCGCGAGCCGGUGAGCGAGCGGACUGGUUUGGCCGUUGGUUGGCUGAUUGGCACCUGGACGGAGCGUUGUCUCGCGGGCAGCUGACCGUUGGGCAAGAGCGGGAAAAGCCCAGUAUAUAAAGAGGUGAGCUGGGGGAGCGCGGUCCAGUCAGCGAGUCCCUUCACAGGGGGCGCAGCAACAUCAUCUGUUAGGGAGGAUGCACCUGUCACUGUCAAAACCGCACAACACAUACACACUGCUUGCUGCCUCGCCCGUCACAAUCAGACACAACCCCAGACAGUGUACGUGACAUCUCCGGGCAACACUGGAUGGAUGUCAGUGCCAUUGUCAUGUAUUGGAGCUUUCUGGGCGUUCGUGGUUUACAUGUAAAAGAUUGAACCAUGAACUGUGCAGCUUGUUUGUACAUACAUUGCCCUAGAAACCUGUUAGAAAAUCUGGGAGGGGACAGCCUUUUAAUAAGAAAACAAAGCAUCUCCUUAGAGAACUUUCAUCAACUGGGAUAUAGAUGUAUAUGUUUGUGUUUUAAUACUCUUUUUAACAGUAGCUACAAAGUCAUGAUUGGGAUGGGGGAGCUGUUCAAACUCUGUCUCCUACAAAAAUCUCUCGUGUUCCUCCCCCCCCUCUUUUUGUAUAACCUGUAUCUGUAAAAUUUGAUAAAAAAUGUAAGAACCCCAAACUGUGCAAAGAUCUGUGUGGGUUGAUUAGUAAACUGAACCUUCAAGAUUUGGACAAAAUGUAUUUUAUUUUUGGGCAAUUUGGAUUUCAAGUCAUGUUUUGCUUUCUUUACUCAGAGAUUUGUGGAUACUUAUUCAUAACAAACUAAUAUGAUGUUUUAAUUGUCAUUGAGUAGAAAUUCACCACUGAUUCGUGGGAGAUAGACCCCCCUCAUGCUUGCAGUGUUGUGUAAAGUUUACAGAGGAAAACAGCUAAUUUAGAGGAUUUUUUUUCCUGUUUAGCAAUUUGAACUUUUAAAUUUGAAAUUCACAUCGCAUUCUGCCCUUACUUGGUGAAUAAUCCUGUUUGGUAGAACUGGGAAACAUGGAAUGGUGGUGGAUUUAUAUAUGGAGUCCAAACUGGCUGAACUGGAAACACAUACAAUUUCCCCAAUGUGUUUUGUACAAAUCCUCUUAGUUCCUGUUGAUCUUCUCUUAUAACUUCUUCCUGUGCACAAACCUCUUUAUUUUAACUCCCAAAUGUAGGUCUUGUGGUCAGGUAUGGUGGAGUAUGUGGACCAUGGAGAGGAGUUUAGAUGUUCAGUAUUUGGUUAGAAUCCGUAGAAUCUCCGAGUUCUUAGUGACGGAGAGCAAUGGAUACUUUGCUCAGAAGCAGUUCUCCAAAUAUCUCUCAGGUCCUAAGAUGAGUGAAUCAGAUCAGUGCUCUGUUUUGUUUUGUUAGGGUUUUUGGUGGGUGAUGUUCUCCCCAUCAGACUUGUAUUAACGGAACAAAAAAUCCUAAAUGUAUAUAUUUUAAUUCCAAGGUGUAAGGGCAGUAAUCUCGUAGAAACGAACCCUUCUCCAAUGAUGUAAUCAAUACCGAUGACUUUUAUCCUGUAAGAUACCCCCUCAUAGAGAAGUAUUGAGGACAUACAUGACAAUCUGCUAAUCUAAUGCUUCUCAUAUACCAACACUGAAUCCAAUGCUUUUCUAUAAAAUGUAUUCGCAUUCUGCGUUUUUAAGUGGUGCGUGAUUUCACCAAAUGUAAAGUCCUUGUAAAAAUAAAGCUGUAAGGAGGAAGAGCUACUAGUGGCCUAUCUGUGUGACAGGCACUAGAGGUUUGUUUUUGGCCAAAUGCAAACUUCUGUUUCUUGGAAACUUCAAUCUUUUCCAUCAUCAAAAGGACCGAUUCUAUACUCCAAAUAUACUACAUUCAAAUGGAGUGGUUUUGGUGCUUAGUGUCUUAAUUAUUUUUUUUUGUCAAGCACACAGCAAGAUUAAAAUUAUUCUCACAAAAUUUAGGCAAUUUAACCUUUAUUGAAUAUACCUGUGCACUGCUUUGCCUUUUUAUUCCCUCAGUCUCGCAUGUCAUGUAUUGAUUGCUGUGUCUGAGAAUUUGAGAUGACAUUUUGUAAUACAGUGCUGCAGAAUCUCUCGGCUCCCCAUCAAAGCACCUAUUUCCUACCAAAUGCCAUGUACUAGUAGUCAUUAUUGAAGAAUACCACAUACAGAUUCAUGUCCUUCACUCCUCACUAUUGUUGCUGACAUAUUUUAUUGGGACUCUUCAAACCCCAGAACUAUUGCAACAUGUUACAUUAUCACUUCUUAUUAUAGUGGUUGUGAGUGACACUAGGAGUUUAUGGGUGUAGUCUCUCCAGUUUUUGUUAAAUGGUUUUCAAGAGGUUUAAUAAAAAUGCCUUGACACGUUAAACCCAACCUCAGAUGGAGACAUGGUAAUAAGGUAGCUCCUCUUCCUGGUCAUGAAUCCAAAUAAUUGUAUGGCAUUGUACUAGACUUGUGGACAAAUCCUUUUCACCUGUGAGGAGCGAGCAAUUCCUAUUAAUCUAUGCCUGAAUGAAUCUAUCAGUCUGGGAUUUACACUAUAGAUUGAUUAAUUUGAUCAAAGAUUAACAGGAAUUGUAUUAAUUUGUCACAGGUGAAAAGGAAUUGUGUACAAGUAGAACGCUCACUUCAUUCAACAAGACGCUGUGAGCAUUAACUUAUAGGUGGUUUGGCUGAUUACAUUUCCUUAUUAUCGUCUGCAGCUGGGGGGCGAGUUUUGGUUGUCUGGGAAUCCUAAAGAGUUUCUAAUAGUUUGAAAGUGUUUUGAUGAAAAUAAAGUAAAAUUGCCUGACCGAAAAUGCUGCAGGCAAAAAGAAAACAUGAUUUCGAAUAGCCAUGGAUAGUUACAAAAUUGUGGCUGGGAUAACUACUAAGGUGCAUAAAGAUAGCUGAAUGAAGGGGAGGGGAAGGAAGGCAUUGGAUUUCUUAAAUUACAAUAUACAUGUACAUUAAAAAAAAAAAUAACAAGAUGGCAUUUGUAACAUAAAGAUUAUACAACGAUUUUAAAAAGAAUUAUGACAUUGUUCCUUAAAACCGGAAUUGUACUUGAGCUUCUGAGAAAUGCAAUAUCUUCCAUAGAGCCGCAUGCUUCUACUUGCAAUUACCGUGUGGUUAAAAUUAAUUUAGAUGUUCCAGGGUAGCCAAGCAUAUGCAGUGCAAAAAAUAUAAAUAAGCUGUACCUAUAUAGGGGGCAUCGGAAAGCAGGUCAUGUGUGGACGAGCAUAGACGUUUGUCAUUGGUCGACUGGCGAAAUAAUAGAGGGAUUGAAGAGCAUGCAGACAGCAGGUCUUCGGUUUUUGCAAGAUGAUAAAAAUUUUUUUGCAGGUUUCCUUUAGGGGUACAUCUACUAAAUAGUUUUUAAACUGGACAUAAUUGAAAAUGAGAGAAAUCUCAAUGUAUCCUUCCUGGUAAAAUAUUUUAUAAGUAAAUUAAUUUAUUAUUGGAGAGUAAGGUUAAUGUUUUCAUGUAGUGCACAGAGACCAGGCUAAAAUUUGCUUAGCAGUGAAUGUGGUUUGCAUUCGGUAGUUGCCAGAUUAGCCAAGCUUGAGACUUUCCCAGCUGUGCCACGUGACUCUAUAUAAAUAAAUGUAUACUCACCAAGAAUGUGUACUAAUGACAAGGCCUGUCUCUAAGGAUUACUGAGAUAUAUUUAAAAUGCACCUGUCAUGCACACAUUCUUUGAGAUAGAUGCAUGCUCUGCGCCAGACCAUCAGUAAGAUUUUUAUUUAAUAAUCUGUCAUGAGAAAGAAACGUAUUUAUUAGAAACCAUAUCAAUUAUCUAGACGUUUAUUCACUAAACUGCAAAAUGUUGAGAAUUAAUAAAGGAAUAGCAAACUUUAGGUCCUUUUGUUUCAGUGGACGGGAAUCGUAGGCUAAAUGCCUGGGCUUAGCCACCCUCCAUACAGCCAAUGAAGUACCGGUAAUUCAAGUUUUUUUUAAAAAUUAACAUAUUCCCUCUGUUGUGGGGCUAGAAUUUUGGUGCAAGGAGACAAAAACCAGAGUGACGUCAUACAAAGCCUUGAUUCCCUUUAACUGUUUAGUACAGGUCUGCAGUACACAGUUUAAAGAGUGGUUCUUGGCCUAUGCUAUUACAGUGGAUGGAACAGGCAUAUAAUAUUUAUAAGGCUGUAAAAAACUGCCCAUAAUAAACUAGAUACUAUAUUGUCUGUCUCCCCAAUGGCAGUUAAGAAAAUGGUGAUUGUUGUGCACACGAUAAUAAUGCAUAGAGCAUGUUCUAUUCUCUGGCCAAAGCACAUUCCAACACACAUACUGAGUUUGUAUUGUCAGCCAUUCCUCCAGAUUUGUCGUAAUUUCCAUAUACACUAUUGGAUAAGUUUGAUUUGUAAUAUGUAUACAGAUUACACGGAUUAGGUUUAUUCACUCAUUCAGCCCACCAGCAGGACUAUAUGUAUUAAAUGGAAUUAGCAUUCCAUAACUGGCGGCUGUUUAUUAUAUUGAAUGUAGCAAUAUCUGCUCCACAGCCUUUAAUCCUGCACAAAAUGUUGCAUAGUACUACAAUGUAUGAAAGUUUAAUUCCCAGCUCUCUGAUUGGCCUGUUUUACCAGUGUUCUAAGCAAAGUAAUUUAAAAUAAAAUACUUUUAGGAAUGUUAUCAUGGCUGGUGUUUUUCUCUGCAUAUUUGGAGUAAGAUGAGUGAUAGACCAAACUUUGUGUGUCAUUCACAGCCUUCUUCCUCCCAGAAUCCCCAUGUUGCUCCAGGAGACCAGCGCUGGGGACCGCCUGACACGAGCAGCAGCUCAGGGAGACCUCUCGGAAGUCAGGAGACUUCUCCACCAGGAACGGAUCCACCCUGACUGUCUCAACAGCUUUGGGAAGACUGCUCUUCAGGUGGGAUUUCAUCAUCAUCGAAAAAACAAACAUGGAAAUCAAUCCAACUAGGGAACAAACUCGCUGUUUAUAAAAUGUCUUUACUGAAGCGAUAACAGUGAUACUAUUAUAGAUCACAUUCUAUUAUAUAUGUUUUUAUUUUUAUUAAACCGCAUAUCAUGCACCACUUGUUUAAUGUGCAUUUUAUCUGUUAAUUGCGUUUCUCCUGCAUAGUGUUCUUUUGAUGCAAGGAAACUGUCCAGAAACAAAACCUGUAUGGUUUUGGUGGCUGCCUUACUUUGAACACCAGCUACCUUUUUUCCAGAACCUUAAUUUUUUAUGACCUGAACAGAAGACAGACUCCCUUGGGCUGGGGUGGGGUGUCCCCAUUGUUUCUGGUGCUUUUAAGGUGAUGGCCAAAUCCAUUGUUGGGACACUCCCUGCGUUUUGGGUGUGUGCUUAAUUACCUGACAGUGUUAUCCACACCCAGCAGGCAAGGGUUAAUUGAAAUUAUCAUCCUGCCCAUGUAAGAAACAUUUUAUUCCUAGCUCAUUUCAUUUUGCUUCUUUUCACAUGUAAAAAUCUGCAUCUACUGCUUCCUAUUCCUAGAGCUUACAUGGCUUUCAUUAGUUUUUUUGGAAUGCUUAACUCGCGCUUGCUUAAUUUCUAACCUUUCAUGUAGUAGGCUACCAAAGUACCACGUGCCUAACACCUAGGACCUCUAAAACACCACUUAUGAUUCCAUAUUUUUAAGGAACAUAGUCAGUUAUGUUCAACCCUCAAUGAAGUUGUUAUGGGGGCUGGAACCAUCUUGGCUUCACGGGUUAAACUUGUUUUAAACUGUUUGUUUAACCCUGAUCUUCCAGAAGCUCUGCCUCCUCUGUCAUCCUCUCGCAACCUGUGAUGGUCUGAGAGCAUCACCUGACACCCUCAGCUUAUGACUGGCCACCCAUUGCAAGUAAUAGUACUUACUGUGACUCCCAUUGGGCGGCCUGUAACUUGCUGUGAGGAUCAGCUGAUACAGCCUAUUAUCGUCCUCCAAGGCAAACUCUCUUAGACUGUUCAGCAGCUAGGGGAGGCAGAGCUGUCAGAUGCAGAGGCUGACUUUUUGUUUAAACUGGUUAAUAAUGGUUUAAAUCCUCAAGGUAAGAUGACACCCAGGAAAUCUCGCCAUCAUAACAACUUAAUUUUAGAAGUUAAAGAAGCUUAAAUAUAUAUAAAAAAAAAAGAUCAUGGCAGGUUUCCUUAAUUCAGGUAAUUGUCAUUCUUCUUAUACUCUGAUUUCAUGCAGCUGUUAUCUCCUUUUUUUUCUAUUUUUCCAUAAACUAAUUUGACAAUGUAUCUCUUGCUGUUCAGGUUAUGAUGUUUGGCAGUACACCAGUGGCAUCAGAACUCCUGAAGCAAGGAGCCUCACCCAAUAUUCAGGAUACCUAUGGCAUAACCCCUGCACAUGAUGCUGCCCGCACUGGCUUUCUGGACACCCUGCAAGUCCUAGUUCAGCAUGGAGCUGACCUUAACACCCCUGAUGCCUCUGGGUCACUGCCUAUCCACCUUGCUCUCCGUGAAGGCCACAUUCCUGUUGUUGCGUACCUUGCUUCUCGCUCUGACUUGGAGCACUCAGAUCGUGAAGGCCACACACCACCACAGCUGGCUGCCAUCUUAGAUCCUCACCUGGCAGCCAUCUUGGAACUUAGCACGUAGAGGACACACAUUUACGCUACUUGAAGUGCCACAGGAACAAUUGGCAUGGAACUCUGUACCAUGGCCUAAUGCAGUACUUGUACUAAUCAUUUUAUAGAUGCUCUUAUUCUCUGUCUAGGGCAGUGUGUCCAUAUUCAGCGUUAUUUUUACUCCCCACGUAAAAAAAAGUGUCUGACCUGGUAUCAUUCACUGUGUGGGAUGUAAACUAACGAGGUGUGUGUUUAUGAUUGGGCUGGACAGUUGCCCUCUUCAGCUGCCAUGCUGAACCUCCCAUCACUCUCAAUCAAAAUGUGAAUUUUAGCUCAUUCACAGUUCAUUGGACAGUAUUUCCUCAACCCUGCUUUGAAAAUAGUGAUGGGUCAAUGCUAAUGGUUUCUGAGCACUUCUGUGUUUGCAUGCGUGUGUGUGUGUCUUUGUAUAGUGUGUGCAUGCAUGUGUACAAUAUGUGUUUGCUUGGUUACGUACAGUUAUUUUAAUACUCAGGUCAUGUUUAUGUUCCUUAUUUGCACUCUUUCAAACUAUACUUGGACAAUAUUUUCCCCUAUCCUUAAUGCAUUAGCAAAUAUGCAUUGGGUUUUAUUGAGUAAAUUGGGAAUGGUGAAAAACGAAAUUGCAACUAUUGAGAUGGCCAAGCUAAAAGAAUAUCCAGAAUUGAAAAAUUAUUCUAAUUUAGCCUAAAAUGUGUGAUUAUUGUACACAAUUCCUGGUAUAAUAAAUAAAUCCCAGAGUAUAUAAAUAUGUAAUCCCUACAUCUAAUGACAUUUUCCAUGACCUCUAUUGCCUAAUUUGUAUUAUUUUUUUUUUUUAAUUUAAAAAACAAACAAAAAAAAACCUGUAUUUAAAAACAGAAAAAAGGCACUUCUUUAGACGAAAUCAGAAAUGUGAAAAUAUCAGCAUUUUGUAGCUGUGUAGAAUUUUUUCUGUGGCUUUGCACAUUGCUCGCCAUACUGCUUUUCGGGAGGGGCUCAUUAAAGAAGGGUCAUGAAGUCUUCUUUAGUCCACAUAGAACGAGCAUCAGAAAAAUGAGCAGUUGACAUAUCUCCAAAAAAAGAAUUUUCACUUAUCCCUCUCACAUAAUGAAUUGUAAAUCCCCUCACGCCUCUGCAAUACAUUCAUCCACAUAUCUCAACAACAUAUGUGGGAGGCCUGUGAUAUUUCUAAACUGCUUAACUGCUCCCUUCAUUGUAAUUAGGGACCAUGGUGAUGAUGCAGAAACACAUUGUACAUAACCCUAUGCUAGCCAUGGCUUUCUGUAAAGGCUCAAAUGGGAAACUGGGGCUGAGAUGCUGCAAUCAUUAACAGUAUAUGUGUCGGAGGAUAAGAAACACAUUGUAGAACAAUGAUGUGUUUACUCCUGUUUUGCUACUUCUUGCAAUAAAAUAUGCAAAAAGUGCAAUUUAGAAUAAAGCUACAGAAAUGGCCAUGGAUACUUCACAGAAUGAUGUAAAAGAGAAGGGAAGUUGUACAGCUUGUGUGCUCUGAGCAGGCACACACUCAUGAUUGAGACAGGUGGGUUUAUAGCUACAGAGUUUUUUUGCAAGGUGCUUAAGUCAUAUAAGUAACUCAAAAAAGACCAGGGAAAUCCUGAUGGGAUCUAUUAAAAAAAAAAAUAAUUCCUGUAGUUUUCUAACAAUAUACAUAUUUAUUCUUGUCUCAUACUUUGGAAUAAAAUAAUAGCUUUCAAAAGGACAGGUGCACUGGAAAAAGAAGUAUCUAAUUCUAAUAUUCUAUUCUGCUAACCAGCAUCCAUAGCCUUUGCGAUUUGUGCAGAGCUCUUAAUCCUGUAAUAUAAUUGCUCUUCUGGCGAAUGUGCACGUGGGGUGCUUAGCAUGCAGUUUACAGUGGUGACAAUUAAAAUCCCAGGUAUAAAGUUUAAAAUUACAGACUCUGUUUGCUAAGCUCCGUCCUGUGCAGUGCACAGUUUAGUCAUCAAUGUUCUUGUUAAACUUGUGAUUCAGGAAAAACUCUGAGAAGUUUUACUGUAACUUAGAAGUUAGUUUGCAACAGGGCUCUGCUGAGUCCCUUCUGUUUUCAGGGAAGGUCUAUCUUUUAAUCCCCUUUGACUUAAUAUUAAACUCUGCAGCAUCCAAACUAUGUAUCCUGCAGAACUCUCAUUACCUAUCUGGACAAUUUCAUAAACAGUGGAGGACUUGCAUCCAUCAUUUAUCUUGUUUGCCAUGAACACUUAUUUCUCCAAUUGUUGUAUAAGAUCCUCGGUGACGUUACUAGUAUAGGGUGCUAAAAUCCCAUGUGAAUACUUGCCACUUUACAGUCUUAUUCAAUAUUGCCAUUUUCUUGAUUCUUGAAGAGUUAAUAAAAUACACCGGUAAUUUUAACAAAUGGAUGAAUGAAUUGCACAUCCAAAAACAAACUGCACAAUGAUUACAAACUGUAUUAAAUAUGUUUUAUUAUAAAUACAAAUUAAUUUCCAAAUGAAUUCUUAAUAUAGAUUUUUUU